AUGGGAGGUUUCAGAUCCGUAUCUUUUCUCUCCGCUUCUACAAUUUUCACAUUGUUAUUUGCACAGACAUUUAUAGCACUGACAAACGGAUUGAAUCAGUCUGUUAUAUUGGUAUCAUUCGAUGGACUCGGCUGGGAAUUUGUUGGAAGCAACCGUGCAAACACGCCUAACUUUGACUUGUUUGCCAGUGGUGGAGUGAAGGCCAAGAAUCUGUUCGGCGUUCACCCCGUGAAAACAUUCCCCGUGCAUACUACUUUCAUGACAGGACUCUACCCCGAAAGUCAUGGCAUCGUGGAUAACAAAUUCUGGGAUCCCUUGUAUAUGGAAAAAUUUAUUCUGGAACACGAUUGCUCAAACUUCGAUGCUAAAUUCUACAACGAGUCGGAGCCUAUUUGGUUGACGAUGCAAAAACAAGGCAGACGAACAGGUGCCUAUUAUUGGCCUGGAAGCACGAGUUACUCGGAAAAACCCGCCUUCUACGCUGAGCCGUUUUGUUACUUAAAAUGUGAAGACUUCAAAGGACCCAAGUUGGAGUAUUUGAGGCUCUAUUUAAAAGUCCACUGCUUUUUUAACUGGGCAAAACCUUUUCAGAAGAGAAUAGACACUGUUUUGGAAUGGCUCGUCUCGGAAAACCCGCCACAGUUGGUUAUGUUGUAUUUUGAACAACCAGACAUGGCAGGACACAAGAAUGGGCCAAAUUCCGCAACAUAUGUGAAUAAUAUCGAAGCCAUGGACAGAGAAGUGUUGGGCUAUCUGGUUGAACGAUUAAUGACACUCCAAUUGAUGGACAAAACCAAUGUCAUUCUCUUAUCUGAUCAUGGAAUAAUUGAAACAAAGUACACACAUCAAAUUCGAAUACACGAUUAUAUUAAUCCUGACAGCUACUUCAAGAACAUUGCAGCUAKAGAGCAUAUCUGGCCAAAGCCAGGUAAAUUAAACGAAAUAUAUGCAAAGUUAAAUAGCGCUGAAAAUCCGCAUCUUAAAGUGUACAAAAAAGAAGAAAUCCCAGACGAGUUUCACUGGAAAAACAAUCGUCGCAUUCCUCCUAUCUAUUUGGUGGCGGAAGAAGGUUGGUUGAUACGACAGGAUUGGAAUCCUUUAGCUGAGGGGAAAUGGAUAGAGGGUACUCAUGGUUGGCCCCCGACAGAAAACUCAGCGGGAAUAUUCUAUGCACGAGGCCCUGCCUUUAAAGAAGGGUAUACAUCAAACAGCAGUAAAAGAGCUAUAGAUGUAUAUGCAUUGUUAUGUUACUUAGUUGGUGUAAAGCCACUCCCAAACAACGGCACUAUGGAUAAUAUGCUGGAAUUUCUUAAGAAAAGCCCAGCAUCACAUGACAUAGAAAGAAGUCACGUUACAACACCUAGCUUGUUUACACCAACAACUACCAAAGGCACAUCUGCCCAAACCAAAGCAGUGGAUAAUCAGUGGUAUAUCAAAGGAAAUCAGACAAGGAAUGACAUCGCCUACUCGCACGCAGACAUCACUACCACUGAMACAACAGCUUCCUCAAUUCUCCUUGACCAAAGGAAAACAGACAAMGAAAAACAGGAGCGAUCUAGAAGUUUCGUUCUUCAAACGCCAGACCAACAUCACACGGAAGUUAAGGGAAACAAAUUUGAACACAAAAGUCAAAGCAGACCGCAAAAACAUGUCAAAGUAGCACCGACAGUAACAAAAUUGACAAACUACCUUGAAAUGCAACAAACAUCGUCUGUAUUACCGCAAACUAGUAGUAUCUCAGCGUUGGGCGUUAUGUCUAUGGCGGGUAGUUUGAACGCUAAUGGUCAAUUAACAGAAGACGAUCAGAAAGGAAAAGCAACUACUUUAUCUUCACAUAAAAUUUCAACAUCUGAAAUGUCUCGUUCCUCAGAUAUGAUUCAGAAAGAUCUUAUUGUAACGACGAGCUCUCUUAUAAAUUUGGACUCAAAACCAAGUGUCAUGACUAUGACAUUAAGGGUAUUAACUUUCGACAUUAACAAGCCUAAGUCAACGCCCGUUCUCCUGGACACUCCUGUUUUGACUUCUGAAUGGCAACGACCCUUCAGUACGACUUCUACAAUGACAAUAUCAAUAGAAAGUUACACCAGUCCUACUAGUACCGUAAUGGACGCUCACGUUCAAGUAAAUACUGACGAACAUAAAAAAGUAACGUUAAGCAACGUACCAUUGCACUCUCCUAUUUUGAGUAAGGACGUCCAGCAGUUCUUGACAAGUGCUAUACUAACAACAUCAAUAGAAAGUUACAGCUCCUCGAGUUCUGUAGCGGACACUUCUAUGAAUACUGAAUCAAACCCAUUCGUUUUAUCUAAGAAUUCAAACUUCGAAAAAACGCCUAUACUUGUGGAGACUCCUUUGUGGACUUGUGACACACAGUCUAUUGACUCCAACAAAACAUUGAAAACGUUAACAGAAACGAACGAUCCGCAGCUUUCUUUGCUGCGGAGCGUAACUUUAGGUUUGAGUACCAAGGCGGUGUCAGUCGUGUCAACUACGACUUUUACUACAACAUUAACCAAAAUUAACCUCAGAACAACACUUGCCCCAAUUGACACCAUUCGAGUGACUUAUAAAGUUCUGUUAGAUGGAAAAGAAUCGGAUCGGAGUACCAACGCGCUUAAAAGAUUUAUUUCUGGCACACUAACYCAACAUUAUGAAUUCGAACACGUAUCUGCAGAUGAUGUAAAGCAUUYGAAUGCUGUGACGACAACAAAACGGUCAGAAACCACGGACAGUAAAAUACAAGAGGUUCAAGACUUUUACCUCGUAGAAGUAAAUAUGACAUCUAGUAGUUUACUGCAACAACAGACAACGAGUAAUGCUGCAGUACCUGAAACACAACAUACCACAAAAAAUACCCUUGGUAAAAGCAUUUUAAGAAUAGAACAAUUGCUUAAGUCAAGUGUUCUGAUUAUCUCUUCUAUGCAGGUGUCUUYCAGCGAAGUAUCAAGUUCAUCAGUCAUCAGAACCAGCAACAUCAGUAGUAAUCUAACAACAAACAAUACGUCUACUGUUGCUUUCAACUCAAGUAUGACUAAUAAUACAAAAAGUACAGAACCUGACGAAGAUGGUGUAAAUACAAAGGCUCUUAUUGACUGCCCACCUUAUGAAGAAGAAGAAAAUGGAGAAAAUUACAAGUUUACUGAAGUAACCAAUGCGCAAUCCUCAACUAGAGCAACUAUUGUAAAACCUUUUUCAUACUUGGAGGCAGUCAUGAUCUUUAUAAUAGUAAAACUUAAUGCUUGGCUCUGUACGCAGUAACUCAGUUUGGGCAGGAAUUACUCUUCGCUGACUACUCUAGCCUCCGCUUCUGAAUACUGUGAGAAAGUCCGUACAAAGUCCGUGCACGGUACGCAUCUAACAAGAAUAGCUGUGUUGAAACUGAAUUAGURAACCCUUGCAUGCGCACUUAUGAUAAGCUAUUACCAUACAUAUUUACCGUAAUCACCUCUACAAUCACUUGUUAAUCACCAUGUAAAUCUAACACAACACGGACGUGAAUGCUGUAAACUACUUAUAGCUAAUAACGUUAAUGUUUGGUGCAUGAAUAUUUCGAAUUUUUUCGAAUUCCAUCAAAGGUUUAGUUAAGUUUAAGAAUAACUGAAACUGUUAUAGAGAGAAUAAGAGAAAAAUAUCAAAUGCCCUUGGCAGGAUUCGA